AUGCUACAUGAUCGUGUGGAGGAUUUAAACACCUCCCAGGGUGCGGCAAUCCGAUAUUUACUCUCUGCUGUGUCCAAAAAUACUCUACAGACGACUCUGUCGUCUUUGGAGCAAUUCUCGAAUCGGGGCAUUGAGUUUCACCGUUUUAUCAUUAUGUGUACAGUCGGAUCAGCCCUUUCCAACCGCACUGACGAACGCCUCACAUUAGCCACCAAGCUCGUCACGGCGGCGUUAGACAGACCAAACGCAUUGUCGCUGGUUGCAGUUGCCUUGGAUGAGUCGCCGAACGUCGUGACAAAAAAGUCCCUGAUAAGUAUUAUGAGCACCGACCUUAAGCUUUCGCCAACGCAACAAUUGCAAUUUUCAGCAGCCCUGAGCAUUGGUAGCGCAACCUCCAAAGCGGCUGCCGUAGAAUUCCUCGAGGAUUUCAACGUCCCACCGACCGCUUUUAAGGAGGAAGAUACCACCACCCGUUCCAUAGCGGCGUUGAUUCGGCAGCUUGGCACACUGCCAUCUUUAGACUCUCAACUGUCGCCGAUAUCUAGCGUUACCUUGUUCCCCAGAACUCCCCACCACGCCACCCAUGUGAGUGUUGCUGAUGUCCUUCGAGAACUUGGAACUGGAUGUGUGACCACUCUCGCAGACUCGCGUGAAUUGAUUUCCAUUUUCCCUCACAAGUUUACUGAUAGGGAUGUGGCGGAUGUCUUGGGUUUCUUUGCUUCUCAGGGGAAUGCACCCAAUGACAGCACUUCCUACACCUCCUUGAUGACGGCGUCCGGCAAGACGGCCCCAAAAAGUGUCAGCGGCAAUAACACUGUCGUUAAUGCCAUGCCACUGCUAGAUGCCAUGCACGAAGGAAACACCCAUUUUGAUUGGGAUAACAUCAUUCGCUUGCUGGAUCAACCUGGAGCCGAUUCUUUCCGUCUCAAGAGUAUUUCUGUUAUAUUUGACGCCUAUCACCGCUUCAAGCAGGGGGGUGAUUACCCUUCGGUCACCCUUUUUCUGGGCCUUUGGAGGAACUCCGACAGGCAACGCAACGCACUCGAAUAUAUAUUACGGCACUUAGAUAAGGUGAACCGAAAAGGACUCACAUUGGAUGCCCCAGUUGAACUCUUGCCAAGCAUCAAACCAGCAGGCAUGGCUUCACUUGAGAUGGACUUGUGGCGCACGUUUGCUUUUGUAGAAGCCGCCGUCCACGUAGCAGCGCGCAACAAGGAUUUCCACAACGACGUAUUUCGCCCUGCUGUGGAGAAGUUGCCGUUGUUGUUCCUUUACACACUCUUCUUUGGCACAUAUAGUGGUACUAUAGAAAACUUUGUGACUAUAAAGUACAUCCUCAACAACUGCUGUCCUCCUUUGGAUCAGGUAGCCACUUACAUUAUUCCUGAAGCGGAGAAGCGCAACCGUUUGGAUUCUCUUAUCAGUAUGUUCUCAGAGCUCACGGUUUCGUCCCAAAGUCGCAUUGUGGAUGUUCUGGGAAUGAUUUUCAAGUGCAAGUCCGUAAUAAAGCGCUUUCUAAAGGGGAGUGGUAGCCCACGUCUGGUCGUCGCGAUCGCCAUGUGCAUGGAUGAGGCGGGUGAGCCAAGCGACAAAUGGCUUCAAAAAGCUUUGGAGGGUAAGCUGCACUUCCGAGCCAGCUGUACGGAGAACCGCUUUUCAGUUGCCAUGGGUAUUGUAGAGGUGGCAGAGAUGCUGCAGGAAAAACAGAUGUAUGUAGCGAGCGCCACCGCUGCCCUCAAUGCGUUAUUGGCUUCUCCCUUGAAGGAUAUGCUUAAAAGUGUUCUGGAGUGUGCACGUGGACUUUUAGCCUCGACGGAUUCACUUUUCCCAGAGGAUGUUGAGGCCGAAGCGACAGAUUUUUUCAAAACCAUGCAUUCCACUGGGUCCACAGCGAACGCUAUUGCGUACAUUGAGUCUCUCCUUAAAAGUGAGAAUGCGCGCGACCGUCAACUUUACGCAUGUAUCGUUAGCAUCAUGUUCGACGAGAGCUUGGUUAUCGGGUGUUACCCUCGGAAGGAGCUCCAGUUGUUUGCUGAGCUGUACGGCCAGAUGAUUGCGAAGGAGUUGCUUCCCCCGAAUCAGCAGCAGCGUGCGUGGGGCCUGCUUCUUCCCGCUAUAGUGAAGCCAAGUAGCUAUGCUGUUGAGGAGUAUGGUCUGAUUGCACUGGAAUAUAUAAAGCCACGUUUAGCGGACUGGCCUCAGUAUGGUCGUGCGCUGCGACACAUUAAGGAUUUAGAUUUCCGUGUCCCUGGGAUCAUGGCCGCUAUUAAUCGUGGUUUCAAGCAGGAAGAGUCCGCCAAGAAUCCCGAUACGAGCUCAGGGACUGACCAGCGCUCCACAGGUACCAACUCAGUGCAGUUAAACAACCUCCCCAUCGUUGACUCCGCCAUUGUUUCGGUCACGAAGUCGGAUGGCACCUCCAUGAAGCAGCAAUCUGUGGUAUCUAAGUUACAUACGCUAGAUAUUGCCACCUUAAUCACGAACAAGAACGUCACUUCACCUCCUCGCGUUAUUCAGGAGCAGAUGAACUUUCUAAUUGGCAACACCGAUAUGCAUAAGCUAGAAAGCAAUGCGAAGGAGCUCUCACAAUUGCUGCGCCCUGAGUACUACGAGUACUUUGCUGACUACCUGGUUGUGAAGCGGGCCGCACUGGAGCCAAACUACCAUAGCAUUUAUAUCGAGCUUGUCGCCAAGCUCAACUCCAAAGUCCUUGACCGUGCCCUUCGUGUUGCCACCGUCGCUGCUGUUAAGCGCCUUUUGGUCUCCGAUACCUUCCGUACUGAAUCUAGCGACCGUGUUUUGCUGCGCAACCUUGGCUCUUGGCUAGGCAGUAUCACUUUAGAGAAGAGCAUUCCCAUCCUCCAGCAGGAUCUCAGCUUCAGGGAUCUCCUUCUCCAGGGCCUACGCGAGGGGAAGCUGGUCGCCGUUGUUUCAUUCAUGACACGUGUGCUUAACAGUUGCGCACGAUCUCGCUUCUUUUGUCCACCAAACCCGUGGACUAUGGCGCAGCUUUGUCUUCUCUUAGAGGUCUAUCAGCUCAAACACCUCAAAAUGACGCUGAGGUUUGAGGUUGAGGUACUCUGCAAUAAAUUGGAUGUGACCUUAUUAGAUGUGGAUCAAUACAUGCGCAUGCACCAAUCUCUUUCGACCACGACUGUGCACAUGGAGGAUGCUUUGAAAGAUAUCGAUAUCAAUAAAAGCCCAGACUUCCGUGUUGGAGAUGACAGUGGGCUUCCGGAUCAGCCACAGCAGUUGUCGCCGAAUACACAACCUCCCACAGCCCAGCAGCAGGCACUUCGGACUAGCGUACGCCCCUUGCAGGCGAGUGCGGAGCCCUUCCAGCCAAAGGAUGCGAAUGCGAGCCACAAUGUGCAGGAAAUAGUUGACCAAUUGGACAUCCCGCGAAGGCCGCCAAUCCUAAUUUUACCUGAGACUGUACACGUUCGAGAUGAGGAGCUACAAAUCGUUGGCAGCCGUAUAGGGGAGUAUCGCCAGCUGCUUGCUUCCAUGCUACGCAGUGUAGUGGAGGAGGCCUACAAUAACUACGCGGCGCGCUCGGAGGCUGUGGCGGUACUGUCGACGUUCAACAUCGUUACCAAGGAUUUUACCCGUGACGUGACUGUGGAGGAUAUGCUACUGGCUGGGGAGGCCAUGGCGCGCUCCCUGGCGGCUAGCCUUUGCUUUGCAACGGUCCGUGAUGCUCUCCCAGCACUUCUUACAAAAGGUGCGACUGCGUUGGAGGCACGCUUCAUGGACCGCCCCGUCCAGCAACCUGGUAUGCUGAGUAACGCCAUUUGGGCAAGUAAUGAGGAGCUGUGCAUCCGAGCACUGGAGUAUAUGGCUAGUGAGGGGGCCGCUAAAUCUCUGCACGCGAAGAUGGCGGAUGUCGUCCGCGAGAAGCUCAUGGCAGCUGCUAACAACACGGCCUUGCGUAUUCCUACAGAUCAGGCCGAGGCAGAGGAACUACUGCGCGUGAUGGGGGACACAUUAGUGCCACCGGGCCGCAUGCUUCCGUACCAGAAGGACAUUUAUUGUGAAUUUUUCAACUGCAUGCCUGCGGUCUUCCUUUUUAAUGCCAGCCUGCGCAGUGUUGAGGAGGCGAUUUCGAAAUACUACUCCACUGAUAAAUAUGUCCCUCUAGAUCUGAACACUUCACAUCUCAUGGAGGGUAACACCAACGAAGGUCACGGCGUGAUUCGCCAGCGCGUUUUGGGACUUCUAAGUCUUAUCACCCCUGAGUCCGCGAUCUACUAUAUCAGUCCGGUUUUUAAUAAGGUGAUGAUGCUUGCCGGCACAAUUGAUCGUCUGAACAAGGAGCUAAAUAACAUCAAUAAAAAUAACCAAACCCAUCCACAUGACGCUUCUGUAGCAGCAGAUGUCAGUGCUAACAACCGCAGCAUGCAAAUCGCCACCUUAGUACAUCAGAUGUAUAUAUUAAUUUUGCAAAACUGCGUCGAUCGUGGAGGGGAGCCAGUACGUGUGGAAUUCACGCGUUUAUACCUCAAAAGUCCGCAACGUUACAACUACCAUAAAUUAACUGCGGAUCUUAUGCGCAUCAAGAUACUCAACAUCGCGCAUCUGGAUGAAGACUUAGCCAAGACACUCACCACAGGAGCGCCCAAUUAUGUCAACUUCGCAGGAGAGAUCAUUAGCACUGUGAUUAUUAAGGAUAAGGUGGUUUCAUCCAAGGACAUGCGGCGCACGCUAACCGCACUCGAUACGAUUGCCCACUCUCGCAACACCAUUCGAGCCUCGCCCCUCGCACCAAGCCCUGCCUACGUCGUCACGCAACCCUUGAGCAAGCUGGUAGAUCCUUCCGUUGUAAAGCUUUUGGUCCCCAUCACACUCUUUGACGAUAAACUUGAGCUGGUCGAUGGAUUACUCGAGGAAUGGAUUCAGAUCUGGUCACGGUCCAAGAGCCACCGCCACUCGAGUGAUGAGCGUAAUCCGUCUGUGGAGUUCGUCAAAACUUUGCAGUCCAAUGGCUUGCUCGACAACAGUAGCUUGUCUAUCCUCCUCGGACUCAGCAUUCGCCUCUGUGUAGAGCACUAUGCUACCGUAUCGCUCUCUUUGGACCGCGAGAACCCAGAUAUGGUAGAGCGGGAACCUAUUGGCAAUAAGCCGGGCGCUCCCCCCCCGUAUCGUGUACCCUACUCCGCCAAGCCCUUCCUUAAGUGCGACGGCUUCACAGAUAUGGUGCUAGUGCUGCUCCGGUGCUGUUCUCUGCGAUACGAAUCCUCACGCGAGCAGCGGGCAGAAAUUACGUUGCUGCGCCGUGUCCUAGAGGUGUUCCUGCGGAUCAUUACAACUCACCAUGAUAAUGUGGCCUCACAGCAGUUCCCCCAAAAGAAACUUCCUCCUAACUGUGCCUUCAUUCCAUAUUUCCAGCAACAGCCCUACGUACGUCUGAUUAGUAAUCUUAUGAUAGCUAUUCAGCGUCAGGAGUCGUCGAGUCGUCGAGAAAUGCCGGAUGACAUUUCACAGGCCUUCCAAACUAUUUUGCAUCGGCUUCGGCCUUGCCAGUACCCCGCCUUUGCCUUUGGUUGGUUGGAACUCGUUGCACACCGAACGUUUAUACCUCGUUGUCUGCGCCAAACAGAGAUGUGGGGCCGAUACGCAGAGUUGCUCAUAGAUGCCCUGAACUUUAUCGAGUUUCUGACUCAGGGUAACGCCAUCUCGUCAAACGGUCUCGUUUUUUAUAAAUCUGUCUUCAAGCUCAUGCUCAUCUUACUUCACGAUUUUCCGUUGUUCCUUAUCGAGUACCACUACCCGUUGUGCGAUGCCAUUCCGCCAUACUGUGUGCAGAUGCUUAAUACAGUUCUGUGCUCCUUCCCGCCUGAGAUCCGACUGCCUGAACCAUUCCAACAGGUCACCAAUGAUACGUCGGAUAUGCUUAAGCUUUUGGGAACAAAGGUGCAGACUGAAUGUAUCAAUUUUACCUUUAUCGAGUUUAGUAAGGAGUUCGAUCCGACAGUGCUCACAGAAUAUAUGUCCAAGGAUGAUGAGCCGAUGCCCGAGAACGACAUGAAAACGGUUCUGAACUGUCUUUCAAAUACGACACGCUGGUCGUUAAUGAAUGCGGUGGUGCUGCAUGUGGCCAUUACCUAUCUGGAUGCACAUAACAACACGAUUCCAAUUACUUUCAACAAUUCCAAUCCCAUCCGUCUCUAUCGCUACCUUUGCAAGAACUUUAGUACCAAGCAUCGGUAUCACUUUUUCUGUGCCUGUGCGAACCACCUACGGUAUCCCAAUAUUCAAACCAACUUCUUUUCUAAGGUGAUGUUUGCUUUAUUCAUGCCGAGCCCCAAUGUGGACAACCAUACACAAAUUUGUAUUCAGGAGCAGAUCACACGCGUAGUUGCGGAGAAGACAGUGAUUGUUCAGCCACACCCAUGGGGUGUGCUCAGCACCUUUGUAGAACUUAUGCGCAACCAAAAGUUUAAGUUCUGGGAAAAGAGUUUCAUCCACACCCCCUUCUUGGAGCAGAUCUUUGUGAAGCUGCGUCGGACGCUGGAGGUUCGCAGCGCGGGUGUGCCCACAUCCAUCAAUAUAACGACACCCACAGGAGGCAACACAAACCCUGUUGCACUUUCACAAUCGCAACAAAUGCUGUGGAAGAAAUAG